AUGUCCGACAAACUGCCUUACAAAGUUGCUGACAUCAGCCUGGCUGAAUGGGGGCGUAAGGUCAUUGACAUCGCAGAGAAUGAAAUGCCCGGUCUGAUGAAGAUGAGGGAGCUGUAUGGAGAGUCCAAACCGCUGAAGGGUGCCCGCAUCGCCGGCUGCCUCCACAUGACCCUGCAGACCGCCGUGCUCAUCGAGACCCUUAUAGCCCUCGGAGCUGAGGUUCAGUGGUCCAGCUGCAACAUUUUCUCCACCCAUGACCACGCUGCUGCUGCCAUUGCUAAGGCCGGAAUUCCAGUGUAUGCGUGGAAAGGUGAGACGGACGAGGAGUACAUUUGGUGCAUUGAGCAGACUCUGUACUUCAAAGAUGGCCAGCCGCUCAACAUGAUCCUAGAUGACGGCGGAGACCUCACCAACCUGGUCCACACAAAGUACCCCAAACUCCUGGCAGGCAUCAAGGGACUGUCAGAGGAGACCACAACAGGUGUGCACAACCUGUACAAGAUGAUGAAAAAAGGCGAGCUAAAGGUCCCUGCCAUCAACGUCAACGACUCUGUCACUAAGAGUAAGUUUGACAACCUGUACGGCUGCAGGGAGAGUCUGAUCGACGGCAUCAAACGAGCCACCGAUGUGAUGAUUGCUGGAAAAGUUGCAGUGGUGGCGGGCUAUGGUGAUGUGGGUAAAGGCUGCGUCCAGGCACUGCGAGCUUUUGGAGCUCGUGUCAUUGUCACAGAGGUUGACCCAAUCAAUGCCCUGCAGGCUGCCAUGGAGGGUUAUGAAGUCACCACCAUGGAUGAAGCCUGUAAAGAAGGAAACCUGUUUGUCACCACAACUGGCUGUGAAGACAUUAUAAUGGGACAUCACUUUGAGAGCAUGAAGGACGAUUCCAUUGUGUGUAACAUCGGACACUUUGACUGUGAAGUUGACGUGGGCUGGCUGAACAAAAACGCAGAGAAGGUCAACAUCAAACCUCAGGUUGAUCGUUAUCGAUUAAAGAACGGCCGUCACAUCAUCGUGCUAGCAGAGGGCAGGCUGGUCAACCUAGGCUGUGGUAUGGGACAUGGAUCCUUCGUCAUGAGCAACUCCUUCACCAAUCAGGUGCUGGCCCAGAUCGAGUUGUGGACAAACACCUCUAAAUACUCUGUAGGAGUCCACUUUUUACCCAAGAAGUUGGAUGAGGAGGUAGCAGCUGCCCACCUGGAUAAACUGGGAGUGAAGCUCACUACACUAACAGAAAAGCAAGCCAAGUACCUGGGUGUGCCUGUGACGGGACCUUUUAAAUCAGACCAUUACCGCUACUGAGCCUCCCGGGAGCCGUGGAGCAGCAGGAGUGUUGGUGUAGUUGGAUGCACUUGGGCGGUUGGCCCUCUGAGAACGUGGUGUUGCUAGCUGCCAAAUGUUCACGCUUCAGGAACAGACUUUUUUUGUAAUGAUGAAUGCUAAAUAAAAAUGUUAGACAUGUUGCUUCUGCUCCUUCA